GGGGCGGCCAGUGCGGUGGGCGCCUUUGUUCAGGGGCCGCUGGAGGGAGGGGCGCCUCGCUUGGCGCUGUGUAUGGCAGGCGUGAUGGACAUCUUGUGGAAGGUGUGCAGGCUGCUUGGUGGCGGGCGGCCCAGGGGUCGCCGCCGCCGCGAAG